CUAAACUUUUAAACUGUUCUAAAAAAUGACCGAAAAAGUGUGGCUAAGAUUCGAGACGAAAUCAAAAGAUGGCACUGCACUGAAGUUGAGGAUACAAGACUUGCCUUCUGAGAGGGUUGACGAGGCCAUGGAGUUGAGGUUGAAACACUUUGUGGCGGACGAAGUCGUACACAAAGCAGCAGGUAUCACAAAGAAUCCAGAGGCAGUGGAGGCAUACAAGGAAUAUUUAAAUAUGUUAAAGCAAGACCCAAGGCGCAGCACUGUCAUCUGCUGCGAGGACAUCGGGGAUGAUGCCGGUGACAUAUUGGGGGUGUCAGGUGUCUCACUUGUGAAAGAAGACUUCAACUGGGAUCAAAUCUUAGAAAUGAUAAAGAAAAACUGUCUCGAGGAAGCCAGAAAGUUAACAGCAGUUUUCAAAGCAACUUCGGACAUGUACCAACCCGUGAAAGAAUUGAAUCUGAAAAAGUAUCUAGACGACGACACCGUACUGGUAAUGCCGGGCUACAGGGGAUGUGGAAUAGCACAACAGUUUUUAAAAACGAGACGCCUACAGUGUGCUGAACUAGGGGUUCUCAAAACAGGAGGUUGGAUGACAGGGUACGGGACCCAGAUAGCAGCCGACAGAGAUGGCUGGGAGACGGUAUUCGAAGUCAAGUACGAAGACUUGGCGCGCGAACAUGAUCUGGUCUUCGAGGACGCGCCGCCCACCAUGAAGUACAUGAUAGCUGGACCGUUAGCAAGUAGCGAGAAGUAAAUCAACGUUUUGAAUAUAUUUAUUGUCGUUUGUUUAUUCA